AUGUGCCAACACUUCGUAACCCAUUCCUACCCAAACCAUGUGGAACAUGCGGUUAUUCGUGAAAGAGAUCAGCUCCGACGUCAAGAAGAAUGUGACCUACAUACACAGGAGCAGCAACGGGAGCGUGUAAGGAAUUUGGAACAAGGGACUAAGGCUGCUGAAUAUCGGGAGAGGGAAAUGUUGACCUGGAUAGCAGAUUGGGAUGAGCAAAUGACGUAUAAAAAUCAGCAACUCAAGCGUAGGAAUUACGAGAUAGAACUCAAAGACCGUGAGAUAGAGGCGAAAGAUCACCAAAUCUACCAGUUGCGUAAAGAAUUGUAUCAGGCAUGCCUGGAGUCUCAAGCUUUCCCGACCGAUGAAGCGACAAGCUCCAGUGAAGCAAUGGAAGUGGCCUGCGACUGUAUUGAAUCUCACGAAGGACGGAAGGCAACCUCCGGAGAUGAGCAAGAGCGCGUGAAAAACAUUACUGUAUCGGUAGCCAAGUAG